AUGUCAGACGUUGCCCCUCCAAACGACCAUGUCAAUUACCCGGGAGACCAGCCAUGGCAUGUGCCGUUCCCAUCUCCACCUGGGACUCCACAUAACGACCCCACUUCAUCUAGAAGUAAGGUUGACAACAAUGAUCAGCUAGACAAAAUAUUUGAAGUCAAGCAUCACCUCCAGUAUUUGUCUAGGGCUACGGAUUGGUGGGAAACGAAAUGUGAUAUUCAUGGCCAGGUGAUGGGAAACUUGACGAACAAGUUGAACAAAGCCUACACUGGAGAAGUGAAGCAAACAAUGAAAGCAAAAAGUUGA